AUGGCGAAGUUGGCGAAAAUCGGCGUAUCUGCUCCAACGCUCAUUCUGCUAGAUGCUCCUAAUGGAGUGAUCUGGAUGGAGCAUGUAGGAAAGGAUCUCCCGAAUGGGACGGUGUCGCUGAUCAAAAAUUACUUGUGGUACUUGGAAAAGGAUGUGGGAAGAGAGGCAUGUUUAUCUGGCGAAGUGGAGCAGGUCUUGAAACGAACAGGGUCUGUCAUUGCCAAAUUGCAUUUGAACGAUAUGAUCCACGGCGACUUGACCACGCUGAACUUGGUUUUGCAAGAUGAUGAUGUCUACCUUAUUGACUUUGGGCUUUCGUCGUACUCAAAUCUUCCAGAGGACAAAGCCGUUGACUUGUACGUGAUGGAAAGGGCCGUGUUGAGCACCCACUCAGACUUUGCCGAACAGUAUAACCAGUGGCUCUUAAAAGGGUAUGAGGAGCUUCACGAGAGUAUGGCUAGCACGGGAGGAAGAAAAAAGUACAAAGAAACGAUCAAUAAGCUAGAAGAUGUCAGGUUGCGUGGACGCAAGAGAUCCAUGUUGGGCUGA